CCACACGCACGAAACUGUCGCAGCAGGCAAAGCGAGAGUGAGGGACCGAGACAAAGAGAAGAGAAGAGAAGAGAAGCAAACACUCUUCAGAGAGUGAGAGAGAGGGCCAUGGCUGGAAGAAACCACCUUCCUCCACCAAAUGCCUUGAAAAUUCGAGAAGUGUCAUCAACAAGGGCACCAUACCCUUCUCAUCACAAUCACCACGCCCUAAUCGAAGAGGAUCGCUACCGCCACCGCAGCGGCCCAAUUCCGGUGUCCGCCGGGCGCUACCACCCGGCCGUCAUUGAUGAGCGCAUCGUCAUCCAGCACCGUGAGAUCCAGACCCUCCUCGGGGACAAUCAACGGCUGGCCGCGACACACGUGGCGCUCAAGCAAGAGCUGGCCGCCGCUCAGCAGGAGAUAAGUCACCUAUCUGCCGCCGCCGCUAGCGUUAAGGCCGAGAGAGACGCUCAGGUGCGGGAGGUCUACGAGCGCUCGCUGAAGAUGGAGGCCGAGGUCCGUUCGAUUGAUGCUCUUAAUGCGGAGUUGGCUCAGGUUAGGGCUGAUGUUCAGAAACUGAGCGCUUCACGGCAGGAGCUCGCUGCGCAGUUGCAGACGAUCAAUACCAAUCUCUCCGUCUCACGCUCAGAGUUGAAGGAGGUGCAAGCGGUUAAGGAUGGAAUCGAGAACAUGCGUAAGGAGCUCCAAAGAGGAAGGGCUGCUAUUGAGUAUGAGAAAAAGACACAUUCUAAUAACCUUGAGCAAAGUGAAGCAAUGGGGAAAAAUAUGAUGGCCAUGGCUCAUGAAGUUGAAAAGUUACGUGCUGAGCUUGCUAAUGCAGAGAAGAGAGCGAGAGCAGCAGCCGCAGCAGCUGCAGCAGCAAACCCAAGUCCCGUUGUUCAUGCAUAUGCUGCUAGCUAUGGAAAUUCUGAUAUGGGAUAUGGAGGAAGUUUUUAUCAUGAUCCUUAUGCCAUGCAUCGGGCUCAUGGAGGCCCUGAUGCCGGUCCUCAGUAUGGUGCUGGAGCAGUGCCACUUGAUCCUUAUGACAUGCAACGACCCCAUGCACAUAGAUAAGCUCUCAGCAGGUGUUGGAAUAACUAGAUUUCAAGAUCAUCGGACACUAGGAUAGGAUGAAGAUCAUCUCCCGAAUACCUCUAAAUCUUAUGGGAAAGUUUCUGUUUAUGUACAUUUGUUUACCUUUUUUUCCCUCUUCGUUAGCUUUGCUCCGUGAACAAUUGAUAAGAGUCGGCAUCAAGAAAACAUGAUGCUGUUGGGAGUUGUUUUCCAAUUGUGUUGACAAGUUCUGCCCCAGUUGCAUAAAGAAGGGGAUGGUGAAAGCAAUUCUCUCUUUUCUGAGACCUUUGUAGAAGAGACCAGAAUUUUGAAUCCUUACAUGAAUUACAGUACCUUCAAUUUUGUCUACC